AUGACUGAAGCAUGUAUGAACCCGUUACUGGCGGGAUGGCUCAAGGAAUGGAUGGAUCAAGCAAAAGAACAGAGUGCCAAAAGCUACACUGUCUACAAGAAAGCAUACAACUCGGUGAUAGCAUGUCCCAUACAGUUCAGCCACCCCUCCGAAGCCCGAUCGCUCAAUGGCCUCGGGCCAAAACUGUGCGACAGACUGACAAACAAGCUGAAAGAGCACUGUGAGCAAAAUGGUCUACCUAUGCCAACUAAAAAUAGACGCAGGGCAAAGAGGGCAUCGGAGGCCAUAGCGUCAGAUGCGGCGACAGCUGCCGAAGCCGAACGAUCCUCUCCUGUCCAAAAGAAGCGCAGGGUCCAGCCAUAUGUCCCAAAAUACCGCUCUGGUGCCUACGGCCUGAUAUUAGCUUUGGGCACAUUGGACCGGGACAGCAAUCAAGCUAUUCCAAAGGCAGAGCUUAUUAGGGUAGCACAAGAACACUGCGAUUCGAGCUACACCGUCCCGAGUGAUACCACAAAGUUCUUUACUGCGUGGAAGUCCAUGAAUACAUUGGAAUCAAAAGAGCUUGUGUGCACCAAGGGUCAUCCAACCAAGAAAUAUUAUCUAUCGGAUGAAGGGUGGGAAGUCGCGGAUGGCAUCAAGGCCAACGAGGAGGGCCGUCUCGUGGAGAAAUUGACGCGGAAGCAGAAAAGCGUACCAGCUGGGGACGAGAAGAUAUCGAGAUCAGCCUUGCCUGGUCCAGUCACCAAACGAAACCCUGCAGCAGCUCCUCCAACCACUGUUACGAGGUCUAUAACGCCUGAGCUAUUUUCCAGUCGACCCCCGCCAGCACCUCGACCACAGCACAGAAGCACGAAGGUCCCAGGUCCGGAAGAGCCAUCUGAUAUCCUUGAUCUGGUAUCUGCUUCCGAAAAUGACUGGCCUGAUUCGGAACCAGAGAUGAGCUUAACAACUGUCAAAGGGCGGACUGGUCGAAGACCUACGAGCGCCGGCUCCUCGACAGAAGACACCAUCAUCUUACCAGCCGGAUCAUUUGAGGUAAAAAUCGUGCUCGAUAUGCGCGAGGUCCGGAGUGUAACUGACCGAGACUACAUCUCCGAGGAGCUCAAGAAGCUCGGUAUUACUCCAAUUAUCCGCUCUCUUCCCCUCGGCGACGUGCUUUGGGUCGCAGAAGUCAGCCCAUUGUACAACGAUAACUUGAAGGGUGCUAAUAUUGAUGACGAAGGAGACGCCAAAAUUGAAAUUGUGCUCGAGCACAUCCUUGAGCGCAAGCGACUCGAUGACUUGAUCAGCAGUAUCAAAGACGGGAGGUUUCAUGAGCAGAAAUUCCGGCUUCACAAGUCCGGCAUCAAGAACGUUACAUACCUGGUUGAAGAAUACUCAGUUUCCCAGGAGAGGAUGGACAAAUACGAAGAUGCUGUCGAGAGCGCAAUUGCCAGUAUGCAAGUUGUCGAUAACUUCUUCGUCAAGCAGACCACGAAGCUUGACGACACUAUCUCCUACUUGGCGCGCAUGACCAGGACCCUGAAAGCAUUGUAUGAAGCGAGGGACGUCAAUGUCAUACCUGCUCAAAGUUUCGAGACUGAAGCAGUUACAUUGCUGUUGGGGCGUCUCCGAAAGACCUCGCCGGACAGAGUAUUUGGCAUGACAUUUUCGGUGUUUAGUGCCAUGUGCGACAAGUCCGAGAGCAUGACACUAAGAGACGUUUAUCUCAAGAUGUUGAUGUGCAUCAGAGGCGUGACCGGAGAGAAAGCUGUCGAGAUUCAGAAGAACUGGCCUACUCCCCGUGCCUUGGCAGAGGCGUACGAAGGACGGGAGAAAGGGGCGCCGCGGGACUCCAUGAUAAGUGAUCGACUUGGAAAUGUGAUCCCGAGGAAGAAAGUGGCCAAGACGCUCAGUGCCAAAAUUGCAGAGAUAUGGGCAUGA